UCGUCAUCUGUUUUCAUUCCUCUAUUCUAAACAAAAACAAUCGUGAAUCGAGGGUUUUCGGUAGUUUUGUUACUCCAAUUACGUAUCGUGUUCCAAUAUUUUAUUUUGUAUCGCGUAUCUCUUUGUUUUAAAAGUUUUCUAGUGUGGCAAAAUGUUGAACGAGGAAGUGGACGACACCGAGUUCUUCCAGCAGGAUUUCACCACCGCUUCGGAAUGGGAAAUUUUCAACGCACGGUUGGAGGAAAUUUUCCACGAGUGGAAACUGUCCUACGGGGCGACCGGAUACCGAGCCCCGCUGGAGCGCAACCAACUGUCGCUUUGCGAGUGGACCGUUUCGAAGGAGAAGAUAAAAUUUGCCGACGUUGAGUUGGACGUGGUUCGGUACAAGGCCAAUAUCCCCGAAGAGGAGAAUUCAACAGUGGUGAAGGACGAUGAGUCCGGCAACUGUCAAGCGUUUGUGGAUCUGAUGGCCAACGAGAACGAUUACUGCCUCGUCGAUACGAGGGUGGACGGAGAGUUGCACCCACUGGCCCAGUGGUACGGAUUGAGGGAAUUCGUCGUGGUGGUUCCGGUGAAGAACUCCAUCACCAACGAGAGCCAGAUUCGAAUUCUGAUGAGUUCGAUCCAUAUUGCGGUGUCGGAGAGUAGCUGCGAUGUUCCGGUGUUUGUGCAAGUGAUGGACAAAGUUCAGAAUGUGUUUCUGGGAGUUUGUGAGUCCGGAUCAACGCGGCUGUCGUUUGAUAUCGUGCAUUUGAAUGUUACGCCGCCCACAUGCAAGUAUCUUUCGGGAUUGUUGGAUGUUUUCAAGGGAAAGAUCGGAGUGUCGUACAUGGAUCCGGUUGCGGUAUCGGUUCGGUUCACUUAUUCGUUGUCGAAGUUUUUGAGCGCGUCGUAUGCUGUCGGUAAAAAAGUUCCAUUUAGCGAGGUUGGUAAUGACGAAAACGUUUGCGAUCCUAGAAUCAUGCUUCCGUUUGGAGUGGCUAUUGAUCCGGUAUCGGAGUUGAUUCUAUAUUGUACGUGGCCACAUGUUGCCGACAAUGUGGUCAUUGAUUCCCAGACGUAUUCCGAUUUCGAUCCGAUGACGGCUCCGGUUUGGAGCGUAAGGGUCCGCUUCGAAGAUACGCCGGUUUGCUACAUGUCCGAUUGUAUUCAGGAAUUCUUGCAAAUAUCCGAGUCGCGUCGUGCCAUCACUGAGUAUUUUCCGGAACUUGCCUUUGGGGUCACACAGAACCUGGACAACACGAAAGCAUUGGAACGCUUGACCGAGUCGAAAAUUCCAACGUUGGCUUCGGUUUUGCCGGGAAUGGUGUCGGGUGGAUCGAAAAAAGAGAACGUUAAAUUGGAAGGGCCCUUGAAUGAUGAACUGUUGAAAGACAUGUUGUACUACAUGUUCCCUGAUGCGCAGAAGGAUGCGUCCCAGGAGUACCAGACACCGCAGCCCGGACAAACGGAGUUUGAUCCUCUGAAGAUAAAAUCGGCCCAUCUGGAUUCAUUGGUUCAUCGCAUGGCGACGCUGUUGGCCGUUUGUAAUUCCUAUUACGGGGGAAAACGAGCGGUGGCCCAGUUGUGGGCCGAAUUUUCCCAGGAGAUGCGGUACCGAGUGGAAAGGUGCAUUCAGAUACCAGGGUGA